UCUGGUCCACACUCCUUACCAGUAGGUGGCGGAAAUGCACCAUUUCGUUGUUUGCCAACCGCCAAAUAAUCCCAAGAAAGAAGAAGAAGAAGAAACUGUUGUGUCUCACAUGACCGUCCAUCCGCCAAAUUUGGAUUGAGUUUUGUUUUGGUUGCUCGGAGCUGCUUCAGAAACGUCAAAAAUUUGAUAUUACGAGGUUGAAUCGAGUCUUACCGAAAGUGUAGCAAUUGGGAUUCCAAAAGAAGUGAAGUAGAAUGUUGAGGUUUUUUUGGAAGUCUACCGGAAGACUACAUUUUCUCUCCCUAUGGGUUUGAUGCUUGUUGAGUAUUUCCAGGAGCAGAGAGGAUACAAAACUGCAUACUUCGACAACUCACAAUAGUUAUGAACAUGCAGCGUAAAAACCACGACACUGCUGGUAGAGCUGAGAAGCUGACGCAGAAAUAUCUGGAGAGGAGGAAACAGCAGCCAACACUAGAAGACAUCUCAGGAGCCAAUGAUGUGGGAGUACAAAGGCCGAUUUUCACCAAAAGACCCAAACAGCCAGGCAAAGAGAUGAAAUCCUCCGGCAAAGCUUUACACGAGCUCUUCAAAUCAGUUAAAAACCAUCCUGACUUUUUUGGCAGUGAUCAUAUUUCACAUGGCAGCAAAGAAGAUCUGAGUGGGGACGCCACAUGUGCUGAAUUUCAGGGCUCUCAGCUGCUGUUUACUGAAACCGAUGUGACCUUGCCUUCAUGUCUGGAUGGCAGCCCUGGAUCUGAGGAAACUGAAGCAAACAGGAUGUUUCAGAGAGUGCAUGAACUCCCUGACUCAAGAUGCCCCUCUACCUUAGUACUAGCAGAGGUUUACCGGGAAAUGAUGACCAUUUAUGAACAGCUGAGGGCAGAGCGACAAAAACAACAGCAGUGGGAGAGGGAGCUGCAGGAUCGAGAAAGGAGGGUGGAGCAACAGGAGGAGAGUUUUGGGAAACUGUCUGGUCUGGAGGAGAUGUUACAAACUCACAUACUCACUGUAAAGGAGAAACACCAGCAGGAGGUGAGCCAGCUGCAGGAUCUUCUUCGAGAGAGGACCAAAGAAAACAAGAGGCUUAAGUCCAGCUUUGACACCAUCAAGGAUUUGAAUGACAACAUGAAGAAGCAGUUGGAGGAGAUUAGUAAACAAAAUAAGAAGUUGGAGAUCCAGUCUAAGAGGGUGCAGGCUCGACUUGACAACCUGCAGAGGAAAUAUGAGCACAACGCAGCAUCAAGAGAUUGUCAGAAAGUGAGUGUUCUGGGCACAGAGAGUUUGAAACCAACCAAAAAGGAGAAAAUAGCUGCCUCUGGAAAACCCUUGAACAAGGCCUGCUCCAGUCACACAUCAACAAAGCUGCUUGCCCUUCUCCUGGACUGGGUACUUGAUGGAAAGACGUUCUUAUCAGUAGCAGGAAACAAAUGGAAAGGAGUCGACCAGUGUCUGCCUCCAGAAGUCAUACUCAAUGAGAGAUGCCUUAAGGUGCUGCCUUUAUUAGCUGAUCAGCUUCACCACACUCCUCCGUCAGAAGAGGACCUCCUCCUCAAUCUUCUUCGUCUCAUCCACUGGGCUCUGAGACAUAUGGACAGCAGUACACCGCAUGUAGCACUGUCUGCCACUCUGCGGCGGAUAGGAGAACAAGUGUCAAAGCUGCCAGCUCAGGUAACGGUGUCUGAGUCAGAUGAUCUUGGCUUCUCCAACACCAACUGCUCCAGCAGUGGGGCUUCUACUGGACGCUGCAGGAGCGGACCUCUAUACCGCAGCCCCUGCCGUCACAUACGCAUCCUCUCUAUCCUCAUCGUCCUCCGCACUGUCACACAAGCUGAUGUGCUGGCCCAGGCUCUGGAAAGUCUGCGAACAGAGCUGAUAUUUGAGGAGAGCCGAGGCCUUUUCAUCCACUAUGGAGGAGUUCGUGUAUUGAUGUCCAUGCUGCUGGCUGGACGAGGAGGUCUACAUUCACCUAUAGAUAUUCUGAUGCAGCUCACUGAGCAGUCCCGCUACUUAAACCCCUUCCUGGAGGCAUGUAGCUGUGAGGACUUUUUCCACAUGGCCUCCAAGCUUCUUAAAAACUCUCAUUUGGAGCUCCUGUCACUGGAGAAGCUUUCCAUCCUUCUGCAGAAGCUCUCUAGCAUCAGGAAGAACCGUCGUCUGUUUGAACUCUCCUCCCUUCAGCUUCAGAUACAAGAACUGUACCAGAAAACCAACCACACUCACACCUUCCUGUGCCUGAACCUCAGGUCCAUCCUCCACAAUCUUCAAUAACACCAACUAGUCUGUCUGCUAUGCAGACCAUGAGUUCUUUGAAAACCCCCAGCAGCUGGAAGAACGCAACUUUUUUUUCAGUGCAGCUUCUUUCUCCUUCGUCUGCCUUUAAAAUCUAAUCCUCACAUUUCUUGUUGUUAGGCUCUGUCCUGCUCUACCUCAAAUAACAUAUGCCAACUCACAAUCUUCACUUUAUUGUGACUUGUUUUUGUAUUUAUUUUGUCUGUCAGAAGUGAUUUUUCAGUGUGUGAACUUUGUGGCCUUUCUGUUUUUUAUGUAGCACAAUAACAAUCUGCUGUCUUGUCAUCUGUUCUCUCUGGGAUGAAACUUUUUUAUGUGUCAUUAUUGCCAGUGGUUUUAAUGGGUGUCUGAUGUGCCCCGAGGAAGAGAGGUGACAGUCAAGCUCUUUUAAUGACAAUAAACAAAAAGAACCAAA